GCAGCCUAUAUAACCUUAUUUUCGCUUUUGCGCGCUGGUCACGCGAUUGUCAUAUCAGAGAAUGGUGUAAUAUAUCAAUGUUCCAAACAGUGACAACGGUGUUGUUACGAUAAACGUAAGACUGGGAUAAACGAUAAACUCAAAAAAAGAAAGAAAUGAUAUCGUGAGAAGAUAAACUACAUAUACAGCGAGUCGGCGUUAUUUUUCUAUGUGUAUUAGCAUUAAUUAAUAUUCACAUCAAUAUUAAAGUUUUCUAUAUUGUCAGUAACUUAAACAUAAUAGUUGACUAACUUGGUUAUAAAUCAUGACAAGUAAAAGUAGCAAGUUGCAUUCCCCACCUUCAACAAAAGAAAGAAUGGAAGAAAAAGAGAUAUUUAUCAGGGUUGUUUUUCAUGGUUUGCUCAUAUUUGGAUUACCUGUGAUAACAUUUUUUCUGAGCAAAGCUUAUCUUUCUGAUGGUAUAUUUGGUCUGACAGAUAUGCAAAGUAAGGUAUACUCUGCUGGUGUUGCUGUUUUAGUAUUACACAUCGCUUUCGGACAUUUCAUAUUCAGAGUGUUCUUUGAUGAACGGACACCAGCGCUUAAAAGAGAUUAAUUAUUUUUGUUUUUUUAUUGUUAAGUACACCUUGGUGACCACAAACACGACAUAAUCACAGUCAGUACAUUUAUCUUUGAUGUGUCAAAAUAAAA